UCCGUUUCUAGCCAAGUAGCCAGCCCUACUACAGUACUAUCGCAGCCUCUCUUUCUCUCUCGGCCCUUCGACUUUACCGCCUCCCACCUUAUAAAACGCCUGCUACUUUCACUCUGAGAGUCUCAUUCCCUCCUUUCCUCCUCUUUCCUCCCUCCCUCUUUCUCAAAGCGGCUCAAAACAGCUACGAGCCUACGACAACAACAAUGGUGGAGCUGAAGCUAUCAGAGACUCGAGACCUAACUCGAAUCGAGCGGAUAGGUGCACAUUCUCACAUCCGAGGACUCGGCCUUGACUCAGCCCUAGAGCCUCGGGACGUGUCGGAGGGCAUGGUGGGCCAAACAUCUGCCCGAAAGGCCGCCGGUGUCAUCCUCCAGAUGAUUAAAGAGGGCAAAAUUGCUGGCCGAGCUGUCCUCCUUGCCGGCCAGCCGGGCACUGGCAAGACAGCCAUUGCUAUGGGCAUGGCCAAGUCUCUUGGCCAAGAAACUCCCUUUGCAAUGUUGGCCGGUAGCGAGCUCUUCUCCCUCGAGAUGUCCAAAACUGAAGCUCUCAUGCAAGCUUUCCGCAAGGCAAUCGGCGUCCGAAUCAAGGAGGAGACCGAGGUGAUCGAAGGGGAGGUCGUCGAAGUCCAGAUUGACCGCCCUGCUGUUUCCGGUGCUGCCUCUAAGUCUGGGAAGUUGACCCUGAAGACCACCGAGAUGGAGACUGUGUAUGAUUUGGGGGCAAAGAUGAUUGAAGCUCUGGGUAAGGAGAAAGUCCAGAGUGGAGAUGUGAUAGCAAUUGACAAGGCAUCUGGGAAGAUUACGAAACUUGGAAGAUCAUUUGCGAGGUCGAGGGAUUACGAUGCCAUGGGCCCACAGACUAAGUUCGUGCAGUGCCCUGAUGGAGAGUUGCAGAAGAGAAAAGAGGUCGUUCACUGCGUCACCCUUCACGAGAUUGAUGUUAUCAACAGCAGAACACAGGGAUUUUUGGCACUCUUCACGGGUGAUACUGGUGAAAUCCGUGCAGAAGUAAGGGAGCAGAUUGACACAAAGGUGGCAGAGUGGAGGGAGGAGGGAAAGGCAGAGAUAGUUCCAGGUGUCCUGUUCAUUGAUGAAGUGCACAUGCUUGACAUAGAGUGCUUCUCUUUUCUUAACCGUGCGUUAGAGAAUGAGAUGGCACCAAUCCUAGUUGUUGCCACCAACAGAGGGAUCACAACCAUCCGUGGCACAAAUUACAAAUCCCCACAUGGUAUCCCGAUUGACCUCCUAGAUCGUUUGCUCAUCAUCUCAACACAACCAUACACAGAAGAUGAGAUCCGUAAAAUCCUCGACAUCAGAAGCCAGGAGGAAGAUGUUGAGAUGUCUGAAGAUGCAAAGGUAUUAUUGACAAAGAUUGGGGUGGAAGCUUCCCUGAGGUAUGCAAUCCACCUUAUCACAGCCGCAGCAUUGGCUUGCCAGAAGCGGAAGGGGAAGAUUGUUGAGAUGGAGGAUAUCAGUAGAGUGUACCAGCUCUUCCUGGAUGUCAAGAGAUCGACGCAAUACCUGAUGGAGUAUCAGAACCAGUAUAUGUUCAAUGAAGUGCCACUUAGAGAGGGAGAUGAAGAUGAAACUACUGCAAUGCAUUAUUGAGUUUUGGUGUUUUUUGAAGAUUGAACGAGGGGAGAAACUGUCAUGCCUCGUGAAUAUUUGAGAAAGGAUCCUCUUACAUGCACAAGGUAAUUGCUUAAAUUUUCUUUUCUUUUAAAAUAGAGAGACAAUGAUGUUUAGAAGUUGUUUGUACUUUGUAUUGUAAACAUGCAUAGUCCACUGGUGUGAGUGCGGAAAAUUCCAGACUAUUCUGGCUGUAUUUUCCAGCAGCAAAAAUUGUAUGCAGCAGGUAGAUGUUCUCACUCUUGACUCUCUGGAGCUGGUGACUUGAACGCACUGGUAGUGGUAGAUUUGUGUAAUGUAGGUGGCCUUUGGAGGA